AUGAUUUGCAGUGUGGUGACAAAGUUUUACCAGCACAUCCUGGCCCUGGUGUUUGCCGUUGAUGAGGUCAAUGAGAAUCCCAAGAUCUUACCCAAUGUCACUCUCGGAUUCCACAUCUAUGACAGUUACUCCAAUCCAAAAAUGGCCUACCGUAGUACUCUGGACCUGCUCUUCAAAUCACAUCAAUUUGUUCCCAACUACAAAUGUGACACUCAGGAAAAUGCAAUAGGAGUCAUUGGGGGAUUGAGCUCUGAUAUCUCCUCAUGCAUGGCAGACAUCUUAGGUCUUUACAAGAUUCCACAGAUUUCAUAUGGUUCAUUUGAACCAGAAGUGAAUUAUCAACUCAAGCUCCCUUCUUUUUAUCGCAUGGUCCCCAAUGAAGCCCUUCAGUAUCAAGGAAUUGUCCAGUUAUUGCUACAUUUCAGAUGGAAAUGGGUUGGGCUCAUCACUCCAGAUAAUGAAAGUGGAGAACGAUUCUUGAAGGCCAUGGAGCUAAUGUUUUCCAAGAAUCAGAUAUGUUCAGCAUACGCUGAAAGAGUUCAAUACAAUCUGCACUCCUCUGGCAGCAUCCUUAAUAUGGCAUCUGAAACAAGGGUUGUAUUACCCCCUUUUCUGAAGAGCAAAGCCAAUGCAGUUGUUAUAUAUGGAGAAAGAGCAGCUAUUAUGUGGUUAGGAGUAGCUCUGAGGAUAGCUAGGAUGGUUCAGAUGAUAUUUCCUCAAUACAAAGAGGUCUCUACAGCAAAAGUAUGGAUUACGACAGCCCAAAUUGAUUUCACAUUAAACAUAUUUCAAAAACAAUUUCGCACUGAUAUACAAAUUUUCCAUGGUGCUAUCUCCUUUGCUAUUCAUUCUAAAGAGCUGCAGAACUUCCAAGAAUUUCUUUCGGCCGUAAAUCCUUCCUGGGAAGAUGGAGAUGGUUUUAUCAAAGAUUUCUGGGAACAGCUCCAUGCAUUUCUUCAGAGGAUCUCAUUCAACAACAGUGCCGGAGAUGAAAUUACAUUAAAUGAACAUGGAGAACUGGCAUCUGGUUUUGAUAUUAGAAACUUGGUCACGUUCCCAAAUCAAUCCUAUGCUAGGGUCAAAGUGGGAAGUCUGGAUCCACAGGCUCCUUCUGGGAAAGAGCUCACCAUCAAUGAGGACAGAAUCAAAUGGAUUAAAGACCUGGCUCAGGUGCCACCCCUUUCGGUGUGUAAUGCUUACUGUCCUCCUGGUCAUAUGAAGAAAAAGAAGGAGGGGAAGAAAUUUUGCUGCUAUGAUUGUGCUCCAUGUCCAGAUGGGAUGUUCUCAAAUGAGAAGGAAACUUGCAUCCAUUGCCCAGAAGAUAAGCAUUCGAACAAGGACCACAAUCACUGCAUCCCUAAGAUCUCAAAUUUCCUAGCCUUUGAUGACACUUUGGCUAUUGUUUCAACUUCCUCUGCACUUCUAUUGUCUCUGGUCACAGCUCUGGUGCUGGGCAUCUUCAUUAAGCACCGGGAUACAGCCAUAGUCAAAGCCAACAACAGAAGUCUAACGUACAUUCUCCUCACCUCCCUCCUCUUGUGUUUCCUCUGCUCUUUGCUGUUCAUUGGAAUGCCUAAUGAGGCAACUUGCCUUCUCCGACAAACAAGUUUUGGCACCAUCUUCUGUGUGGCCCUCUCUAGCAUCUUGGCCAAAACCAUUUCUGUCGUUUUGGCAUUUAUGGCUACCAAACCAGGAUCCAGGAUGAGGAAUUGGAUGGGGAAGAGACUGACUUAUUCCAUUGUCCUUUCCUGCUCCAUUGUUCAAGUAGGGAACUGCAUUCUCUGGCUGGCAACCUCUCCCCCAUUCCCAGAUUUGGACAUGCACUCAAUGACUGAACAAAUUAUACUGUUAUGCAAUGAAGGAUCCAUCACCAUGUUCUAUUCUGUGCUGGGCUACAUGGGCUUCCUGGCCAUUGUCAGCUUCAUUGUGGCCUUCCUAGCCAGAAAAUUGCCUGACAGUUUUAAUGAAGCCAAGUUUAUCACAUUCAGCAUGCUGGUCUUUUGCAGUGUGUGGCUGUCCUUUGUUCCAACUUACUUAAGCACCAGAGGAAAAUACAUGGUGGCAGUGGAGAUUUUCUCCAUCUUGGCUUCCAGUGCUGGUUUACUGGGCUGCAUCUUUUCCCCAAAAUGUUACAUAAUUUUGGUGAAGCCUGAGCUCAACAACAGGGAACAGCUAAUACGAAGAAAGUAA